AUGGACAACCGGAUUGCUGUUUACCAACUCCCUAUCUGGGAUGGAGCACCAUUGUAUUCAAUUGUUGCAUGGCCUCGCGGGUCUCCUACUUUCCAGUUCCCCUCUGCGUCGAACGAAACCUUGCCAUUGGACGUCGAAAUUCCGUUGCUCUUUGCGGUGCAAGAUAGGCUUCUGCCGAUCGAGACGCUUGGUCCCAGAAUACCCUCAAGGCCCAGAGAGGCACCAACUCCAGCCUUGGUUUCAAAUCCACAGGUGUCACCCCAAGCCGACAACUAUCACCAUGCCCCGACUGGUUUCGUACCACAACUCCCGUCAACCACGCCAGAUGACGUGCAGCGGGAGGCAACGGCCAGACUUGAGGCACUCAUGGCUGAAAGGAAAAUUGAUGUGAAUGAAUUAGCCUCAAUUGAAGAUGGCGUGAAGGUUUCGAGGGCAAACUAUUUCUAUUUGCAUUUCCCCUCGGAUGACGAUGAAGCACAAACGGACCUGCAUCUUCUGAAGUCAUACUUGAGCAUUCAUGGAAUGACCGUGCUAACAAGCCUUGACCCCAAUGGCUGGUCUAACUUUCACAACAACAGCAAAAUGGGCGUAGUCAUAUUCCACGAAUCAUUCAGCGGAUAUUCGGAAUUGCAGCCUGCUCUCAAUUUGGUGCUCCACAAUUCCAUGUUCAAUUACUGGGUCAUCCGGAUCACAAAGCCCCUCCAGUUUAUGGACGAGCGAUACUUUUCACUCAGUAAUCAUUGCACUCGCAUGUUCUUGAAGGGCGGUGUUAUACUCAUCACCGAGGACACGCUGGGAGAUUUGAAGAAUUUUGCCAUCACGCUUCAGUGGCUUCGGCACAGGAUGAAAACCAAGCAACCAUCAACUACCUACCAUUUCAUGCUUCACCCGGGGAUCAUGGAAUGGAUAGAAAAAAGACUGGGCGAUGAGAACUUUACGAAAGACCACGGACUGCUGGGGCUCAUCAAAGCUCUGAUAAUGAAAUUGAACGUCUCAGACCUUCGGAAAGAGUUGUUCAACAAUUCCAGCCUCGACCCCGAUUCCUCAAACCCAAUCAUCUCCUACCCAGUGCGCGGUUACGGUACUCGCACCGAACACGUUGAACCGAGAAUCAAAGACACAGCUCAACGCGACGCUGAUCAUCUAAUUGAAUUCUUUGCAGGAUGGGCACUGCUCAACAGACAGCGUUUCAAGCACUUCCUUGUUCUGACUUCCUUCCCCAAAUCUCCCAUUUCACAGCGUUGGGCCUCAUGGGGUCACAUUCGUGUCAUCCAUGAUGGUUUCAAGGCUUUCUUCGAUCGCUUCCACGUGAAGGACGCCAACAACAUAUGGGCCCUUCUCUGCAGUGAGGCCAGGCCAGGCUCGAGUCGACCGACUACACCUGUCUCUGCGACAACCACACCGCGUACCCCGGUUUGGCCAACUCAAACUACCCAAGGGCUUGCCCAAUCUGUUUUGCAAGGAAAUCAGGGAAACAGGAGCGCAAAGUCGCCUCAAAAGUCACCCCAGAAGUCGCCCCAGAAGUACCCUGCUCCUUACCUCUAA